UCAAAGCGCCUAUAAAGGCGCUGCGGGCGGCGGCGCGCCGAGCUGGGCCGUGUCGAGCGGGGCGGCGCGGCGCCAUGGCCAACGCGUCGCAGUGCCUGGAGGAGGAGGAGGGCGCCGGGCGGUGGCCGCCGCGCUCGCCCGAGCCCUACAGCGAGGCGCAGCGGCUGGCGCUGGAGGAGCUGGUGGCGGGCGGCCCCGCGGCGCUGCGCGCCUUCCUGCGGCGGGAGCAGCUGCCGCCGUUCCUGUCGGAGCCCGAGGUGCAGGCCAUCGCGCGGGGCGCCGUGCCGCCCGCCGCCGCCGCGGAGGAGGGCGCGGGCGAGCCCUCGCUCGGCGCCUCGCUGGACGCCUCGUCGCUCACCUACUUCCCCGAGCGCUCGGACGUGGAGCCGCCGGCGCUGGAGCUGGGCUGGCCGGGCUUCGCCAGCGGCGCCUUCCGCGGGCUCACGCGGGUGGAGGCGCACUUCCAGCCGGGCUGCGGCGAGCGCCCCUACGGCUGCAAGGAGGCGGUGCGGCGGCAGAUCCGCUCCGCCCGCGAGGUAAUUGCCCUCGUGAUGGAUUCCUUCACAGAUAUUGAUAUCUUCGGUGACCUCCAGGGUGCCUAUAACAACCGUAAAGUCCCAGUCUAUAUCCUUCUUGACCAGGACUUUCUACCCCAUUUCUUGGAAAUGUGCAAAAAUUUAGGAGUCUGUCCUGAGCAGGAAAGUAUGCUAAGAGUUCGAACUCUCACUGGGAACACGUACUACACGAGGUCAGGCGUCAAAAUUAUUGGGAAAGUCCAUGAGAAGUUCAUGUUAAUUGAUGGCAUUAGAGUGACAACGGGCUCCUACAGUUUCACAUGGACUGAUGGGAAACUGAACAGCAGUAACUUGCUGCUACUGUCAGGUCAAGUAGUUGAACAUUUUGAUCUUCAGUUCAGGAUUCUUUAUGCCCAGUCAAAGCCUAUCAGCCCUAAAUGGCCAUCGAGCUGCAGGAACAGUGGAAUAUUUGAUCACCUGGGGAACAGAACAGAGUUGCCAAAAGAGUACACUGUGGAAAGCAAUCUGAGAGCAGAAUUUGCCAGAUUGUCUAGCACGCCAAAGAAACUGUUGAAAGAAGUAGACCUGGCUGAAGGUACUCUUGGAGGCAAACCUUAUGACCUGGGACAUUCUUGCAUUGCUGAAGAGGAGUGGUUCAGCAAUCGAGAGGCCACAGAGGAACAGAAGUGUGCAUCAACUCAAACUGGCCCGUGGGAGGAGAAGCCUGUGACUGUGUGUGAUGCUGUCACGCAGACCAAUGUUGCAACGGUAGAAACUGGUACUCAAACUUCUGUUGCCGCUAGAAUAACAGGCACACAAACUUCAGUUCUGUUGAAGACUGCAGUAACGCAGACAAGGGAAGGUGAGUGUGCAGAAACACCCUUGCUUCACAGACAGCAGUCAAAAGAAGGAUCUUCUGCAUCUGGGAAGUCCGUAUCAAAUUCUAGUCUGCGAUCACUGUCUUCAUCAUCAUCCCAGUGCUCUCGAGCAAGCUCUACCAGCUCACUGUCUUCUCUUCGGUCCAUUGAGUAUUCUACCAGUCACAGGGCAGAGUAUUUCCAAAAACUGCAUAAAGAGAGGCAAUUUCACUACUCUACUAUCAGAUCGAAGCUUAGCCACAUGGUGGAUAUCCUAUCCCGGAGGGGACGUGUGCCUGAAAACUACAUGAGCCAAUACACUGGAAGGUGCACUCUAAAACAGAGGCGUGACAUCAGUGCCAGCCUGCGUAGCCUCCGAGACGUUUCACUCUUCUCUCUGAAUAAAUGAUGAUUGCUCAAGCUGAAUGUGGAGCAUAAAAACUCUGGUCUUGCUAGUGCAGUUACUUUAUACUUACUGCUUCUUAAUUCUUCCAAUACUUUUUAUUUUCAUUGAUAUAUGUGUACAUGAGUAUCACUUUUCAGCACUGUUGUUUUAUACUAUGCAAUUUAAGCACUAAAAAAGACGGUUUUAUCUAUACCAUAAGUGCUUACAUGUUCCUCUUGUACGCAUUAGUGGUAGACGUUAAUUUUAAUUCCGGAUGUUUAACCCAAAGAGUAAACUUAUUAAUGGUUUGUAGGAUUGCUAAUGUUCUGGCUUUUAAGUUAUCUAAACCUGGAAAAAUCUAAGACAGAUGGAUCUUGCUCAGAGUGGCUUUGGAAGUUUAGUUUAUAUCAAUGUAUACUCAUUUUUUCUUUUUAUUACUGGGUUUUAUUUCUACUUUAUCUUUGGCAUGAGGGGAAAUAAUCUAAGUCUCAUUUCAGAGAGAAAUGAAAUGCAUUACUCUUCUAUUAAAGUGAAGGCUCUAUUGGAACAAUUGAAGGUUCUUGUGUUCAACUAUAUCUUUUUUCCAUUGUUUAAGCCUUCUGAAAUGGACUAAAUAGCACUGAGCUAACCAACUCUUCAGUUUAAUCAUCCUCUUAGGCCUUCUUGUGUGUGCAUGUGUGUGUAUUCACACAGCUACAGAGGAGGACCUUUAGAAACCAAUACCAAGAAAUAGCACCUUAGCACUCCGAGAUAGCCAUACCUAUUUUGGGAGAACAGUCAUGAUUUGAUACGUUUCUGGUGUUCAGCCCAAAAAGUGGUGUACAUUAUAUCUGUAAGAACACUGAUGGAGAAGAUACUGCUGCAACACUUCUUGUGAGUGGGAGAGGAGGAGGUGAUAUUUGAAGUUCAGUGUUUGAAGGGUAGUGUGCCUUGCUGCAGCAUAUCCUUUGUACUUUUCUUUUGGGAUUACUUCAGAGAAGUUUCUCUUGUGCAUCUUGUUACACAGAACUAAAACUUUCGGUCUCAGCUCCUUAAAUUGGCUUACAAUUCUGGCAAGGUCUGGGAGUGUCUGAACCAUUUUGCUUCCAGUAAGACGUGUAAAUUUCUUUGGAGUGAACUUAAGAGCAAGACAAUCAUGAAGGACAGAUGAUAGCCCCUGCUAAAAAGCAAACUGACAAAUGCACCACUAAAAUGCUGUGGGUUAUCUGUUUGAUUAUUUUCAUACAAGUAAUUCUAAAGAGAAAAAAGUUAUCUUCAAACGGUGGCAUCUGGAGUAUUUGGUAUUUCCUGCUCUGUGUCCUUUGUCCACUAACAACUUGAGAGAAGCUUCAAAAAGAGUGGACACACAAUGGUUUGAGGGACCUAUGUGCCUUUGAAAAUACUCUGCUGUCAACAUUAAAUGGAUUUCAGGCUGUGUUCCUUCCUACCUUAUGGAGACAGAUCCCCUAGAUGUUUGUUGGCAGUAGUAUCUGCAUGUGUGUGUGUGUGCUUGAUGCAUUGCUUUCCCAAGCUGUAUGUGGGUCCUCUGAGAUGGCUUGUGCUGAUAUUCCCUGGACUGGCAGUCCAGUAUCUUAGUGGCCCAGCAGCCCUUGAAUUUGCCAAAUCAGAUCAGAGCGUGGGAAAUGCACACGCCACUUUCAGUAUUUGUGUCCAGUAGGUGGCACAUUUCAGCUGUCUUUGUGGAUAGUCCUGUAAGCAGCAAUGAACGUGCAAAUGAACAGAAGAACAUCGAAAAUUUGGCAUGGCUGCAAUGUAAGUUGUAGAUAGCAGCACUUUAUUCUACCAACUUCAGCAUUUCUAUCUGAAAUCUGUUGUGACAAAGAGGCUUGGCUACUUUUAUAGCCUGGAUUUCAAAGUAGGCACUCCUUUCCGAUAGCUGUAAGGCAGAUGUACAGAAAGGUGCAAGGUGAGAUAAAAGCUCUGCUUGCACUUGUUUAAACAUAUAACAUGCUUUCUUGCAAGAAGGCUCCUGGAGCUGAAACACCCUGGGGCAAAGGGAGCUGUGGGGAGGGAGCGAAGGUACAGCUUAGGAGUAAAAUUCUCAAAAUUAGCUUUGGAAAUGUAAUGUUCAGCAGUGUCUAAAUGUGUCCAAAGCCAUCAUGAAACACUUGUUUUUCUAUGUGCUUUUUAAACUUUUUUAUAUUGUAUGGUUGUUUUGGUACUCUGAAAUAGCUUACAAAUAAAGAGUCACUUUGCUAUGUGGGUUUUUACCCAGUGA